AUGAUGUCUCGAGACUCGAAGGAAGUACCCCCGUGCGACAUGCAGGAAAUUGGUCCCUUGUCAAAUAAGGAGCUGGAUGACGCGAAUCUGGCUCGGUUGGGAAAGCGUCCCGUUUUGAAGAGAAACUUCGGGUUGAUGUCAAUGUUGGGGUUCAGUUGCACAAUAUUGAUUACGUGGGAAGGAAUCGUGGUGCUUUUCUUGCAGGCAUAUCAAAAUGGUGGUCCAGCGGGAGCUGUAUAUGGAUUUCUCUUCGUCUGGGCCGGUGUCGCAGCAACAUUUGUGGUUCUCUCAGAGCUGGCAUCGAUGGCACCGACAUCCGGGGGCCAGUACCAUUGGUGUUCCAUGCUAGCCCCACGGUCUUGCAUGAAGCUUUUCAGCUAUAUCACGGGCUGGCUCACAGUCAUUGGGUGGCAGGCUACCUUUGCGACUUCGUGUUAUCUCGUCGGAACUUUGAUACAGGGCUUAGCUGUUCUCACAAACAAGGACUACGUUCCCAAAAAUUGGCAUGGAACUCUGCUAUAUUGGGCAGUGGUAGCCUUUUCUAUUGCUAUCAACAGCGUUGGAGGAAAAGUACUUCCCCGCUUUGAGGGAAUGAUCUUGAUCUUGCACAUUCUGGGUUUCUUUGCCAUUCUCAUCCCACUCACUUACAUGGCCGAUCAUGGGACCUCUGAAGAGGUGUUUACGCAAUUUUUGAAUUUGGGAGAGUUCCCUUCCCAGGGGCUGUCCUUCUUCGUCGGGACUGUCGGCUGCAUCUUCGCAUUUGCUGGUGGUGAUGCGGCGGUUCAUAUGUCCGAAGAGAUCACGAAUGCUUCCGUUGCUGUUCCGACUUCCAUCAUGCUCAGUGUCUUGAUUAAUGGAUCAAUGGGUUUUGGCAUGUUGAUCGCCAUGCUGUUUUGCAGCGGCGAUCUUGAAAAAGCCUUGAGCUCCCCUACCGGAUAUCCCUUCAUGUCGAUUUUCUAUCAGGCAACAGGAUCAAUCGCAGGUACUGCCGUCAUGGGAUCGAUUGUUACUACCAUGGGUGCUACAACAUCAGUCGGCAUGUUGGCAUCGACCUCUCGUCAGUUCUGGUCUUUUGCCAGGGACAGAGGUAUUCCUGGCUGGCGGGUGUGGAGCAAGGUCACCGAAAAGAGUGCGCUGCCCCUUUACUCGGUAUUCGCGACCUCUGUUAUCGCCUGCCUUCUGGCUCUCAUCAACAUCGGCUCACCUGUCGCAUUCAACGAUCUUUGCUCGAUGUCAAUCUCUGGCCUCUACCUGUCAUACAUGGUGGUCGGUAGUCUUCUUCUGUGGCGUCGCUGCACGGGCGGAAUUGGUUCCUCUCGGGGCAAUGAUUCCGCUGUUGUCAACACUGCCGGUGCAAGGCUAGUCUGGGGACCGUUCCACUUGCCCGGGAUUUGGGGUAUCAUCGUCAAUGCCUGGGCCUUGAUCUAUAUGACCAUUGCUGUCUUCUUCACCUUCUGGCCCACUACCUGGGUGGUAGAUGUUCAGACGAUGAACUUCAGCGUGGUUGGAACUAUGGGCACAAUCCUUCUCAGUCUCUUUUACUACCUUUUCCGUGCGAGAAAGGUUUAUGAUGGACCGAUCAUGGAACAAGGUCUGUGA